UAUUCAUAAGCGACGUUUGGUGACCAACUUAAAAUUGGGUUUGGUGCAUUUCGUAGUCUCACUUUUCGUUCAUUUGAAGCUUCAAUUUUUCUGAAAUGGCGACAAAUUCUUCUAACGGGACGACGACGACAAAGCCACCACCGAUGCCGUCUCCUUUGCGUAAUUCCAAGUUUUUUCAGUCGAAUAUGAGGAUCUUGGUGACCGGAGGAGCUGGAUUCAUUGGUUCACAUCUCGUUGAUAAAUUGAUGCAAAAUGAAAAGAAUGAAGUAAUCGUUGCGGAUAAUUACUUCACAGGAUCAAAAGACAAUCUCAAGAAAUGGAUUGGUCAUCCAAGAUUUGAGCUCAUUCGUCAUGAUGUGACUGAACCUUUGUUAGUUGAGGUUGAUCAAAUCUACCAUUUAGCAUGUCCUGCAUCUCCAAUUUUCUACAAAUACAACCCCGUUAAGACGAUAAAAACAAAUGUGAUUGGCACACUUAACAUGUUAGGACUAGCUAAGCGAGUUGGCGCAAGAAUUUUACUUACUUCGACAUCUGAAGUGUACGGUGAUCCUUUGGUUCACCCUCAACCCGAGAGCUAUUGGGGAAAUGUAAACCCCAUCGGUGUUAGAAGUUGUUACGAUGAAGGAAAACGUGUUGCCGAGACUCUUAUGUUUGAUUACCAUAGGCAACAUGGGAUUGAGAUACGCAUAGCGAGGAUAUUCAACACAUAUGGUCCUCGUAUGAACAUUGAUGAUGGUCGUGUCGUGAGCAACUUCAUCGCUCAGGCUCUCAGGGGAGAAGCUCUGACUGUUCAGAAACCGGGAACACAAACCCGCAGUUUCUGUUAUGUUUCAGACAUGGUGGAAGGUCUAAUGCGUUUGAUGGAAGGAGACCAAACCGGACCGAUCAACAUAGGCAAUCCAGGCGAAUUCACAAUGGUUGAGCUCGCUGAAACGGUUAAAGAGCUUAUUAAACCGGACGUGGAGAUAAAGAUGGUGGAGAACACACCAGAUGAUCCAAAACAGAGAAAACCAGACAUAAGCAAAGCUAAAGAAGUUCUUGGUUGGGAACCAAAGGUGAAGCUACGUGAAGGACUUCCUCUUAUGGAAGAAGAUUUUCGUCUAAGGCUUGGUCUUGGUGUUUCGAGGAAGUGAAACUUCUUUUCAAAAAAAAGAAAGAAAAAUAAUUGCUAUUUUAAUUUCUUGGAAUUGUGUGUUCUUAUCGUUUUGUUUAUUUGUUUGAAACCGGUGUUCCCCGGAACAUGUGGAGCUUUAAUCUUUCUCUUUGGAUUCUGAGUUUGUAGGGAAUAAGCAUCCUAAAGAGGAACAUUUUAGGGAGUGAUGUUACUACUUGAAUUUUAUUACUAUGAGAAUGUAAUCAAUGGGAUGUUUUAAG